GGCAGCACCGGUAGUUCUGCACUGAUCGCAGUCCCAAAUGCAGGGACUUCAACCCAAAACGCCACAGUCCUUACUGGCGUUCAGUACAGCGGUCCCAUGGUGGACAAGCGGGCGGCCACGCUGCCGUCCAAGUACGACGGGAAGGCAGACAUCACCUCUUGGAUUAGUUCCAUGCGGUCAUACUUCGAGGUCAUGCGGACACCGCAGGAGGACCGAAGUAUGAUCAUGGGAACUAAUACCGAGCCUGCCGUACGAAACCACAUUGAGCUCCAAGCUGUUGCUGCAGGCUAUGCACGCAUAGACCUGACUGAUUGGCUGAAGGUCACCCCUGUUCGCACCCUUGAGGAUCUUCUCCUUGACCGGUAUCAGGAUAAACAUGCUGCGCUCAAGGCUAGACUGAAGCUUGAGGCCCUCAAGGGCCAAACAUGGAGAUCAUCCAUGCAGGCUUUGGGACAGCACCUGACUGAUGAGGAUGAUCCUCCACCAGAAAUCCCAGCGAACAUUCGCCAUAUGUUAGAUCGAUUUCCUGAGGUAUUGGCUGAGCCCCGCGGAGUUCCCGAGCGUCCAAUCAAGCACAAAAUCGAGAUAAUAGAGGGAAGCGUUCCUCCAAAGGGCUGCGUCUACAGUAUGGGACAAGGCGAGUUGGAGGAGCUGCGGAGACAAAUUGAUGACAUGAUUGAUCGUGGAUGGAUUAGGCGUAGCGAGUCUGAGUUCGGCGCACCUGUUUUGUUUGUGCCGAAGAAAGGUGGCAAACUCCGGAUGAGCAUUGAUUAUCGUGGUUUGAACCGAAUCACAAGGAAGAAUGCCUACCCUUUGCCUCGUAUAGAUGAUCUGUUGGAUGCGGCCGGUGGAUGCAAAGUCUUCUCCAAGAUCGACCUCAAGUCUGGCUACCACCAGAUUGAAGUUGAUCCGAGCGACCAGCACAAAACUGCGUUCAAGACACGUGAUGGACUGUACGAAUUCAUCGUUAUGCCCUUCGGCCUUACGAACGCACCAGCCACAUUUCAAUCCCUCAUGGAUAAGGUACUCCGCCACCAACUUAACAAGUUUGUGGUUGUGUAUCUUGAUGACAUUUUGAUUUUCAGCAAGUCAAUGGAGGAGCACGUCAAGCAUCUCGAGGAGGUCUUGCAAGUCCUCAAAGAUGCUCAACUGCACCUCAACUUGGAGAAAUCUGAGUUUGGCAGGGACAGCGUUAUCUACCUUGGGCACCGGUUGUCUGCAAGCGGUCUUGAGCCGGAGGCAACCAAGGUUGAGGUCAUCCGCAACUGGCCUCAACCGGCGAAUGUACGCGAGCUGCGUUCUUUUCUUGGUUUGGCUUCUUACUACCGGAAGUUUGUGCCUAAGUUCUAUGUCAUUGCUCACCCACUCUCACGCCUGACUAGUAAGAAUGUUGCCUAUGCGUGGUGUGAAAAGUAUGAGACUGCGUUCCAAGCCUUGAAAGAGGCUUUGGUGAGUCAUCCUGUGCUCCGCAUUGCGAAUCCCAACCUCACGUUCGUAGUCACUACAGACGCGAGCCAGUUUGGGAUUGGUGCAGUGCUGCAACAAGAUGAUGGUGAUGGUCUGUGUCCGCUUGAAUAUUACAGCAAACGCAUGCCCAGCCACAAGGUAGCCACUUCCACAUACAUGCGGGAGCUCUACGCCUUGCGCGAGGCGCUCACGCAUUGGAAGCACUACCUCUUGGGUCGCCACUUCAAGGUCUAUUCAGAUCAUCAGACCUUGCAAUGGAUUAAGACACAAACUGAUCUCUCUCCAACUCUGACCCGCUGGCUGCAUGACAUUGAUAUUUUCAACUUUGAACUAAAACAUAAGAAAGGUUGCUAUAAUCGUGUUGUUGAUGCUUUGUCGCGCCAUCCCGAGUAUUUGACUUGCCUUGUGGGCUCGUACGACCUCCGGAGGAAACUGAAGGAGGAUCUGGUCGAGCACACUGCCAAGGAUCCAGACCUUAGUCCCAUCCUUGAGCAGCUCAAGGCUGACCCCAACAGUCAGCCUGAUUUUCAUGAAUGAAACGGUCAAGUAACGCUGACAAUAGACGAUGAUGAUGAUGAUGAUGAUGAGGAUGAUGAUGAGGAGGAGGAGGAUGAUGAGGAUGAUGAGGAUGACGAUGAUGAUGAUGAUGAUGAUGAGGAGGAGGAGGAGGAGGAGGAGGAGGAUGGAUAAAGAAGAGGAGGAUGAAAACGAGUGGAGGAAAAGGAUUGGAGGUGGAGGAGGAGGAUGAGGAGGAUGGUGACGAUGAUGAUGCGGAGGAGGAGGAGGAGGAGGAGGAUUGAUGAUGAUGAUGACGAUGAUGAUGAUGAGGAGGAGGAGGAGGAGGAUGGAUAAGGAAGAGGAGGAUGAAAACGAGUGGAGGAAAAGGAUUGGAGGUGGCCGUGUUGCCAAGCAAAG